CAUGUGACAAAACAAGGAAAUAGAAAUGGAUAAACAUGAAAUGUACUCACAAUUAUAAUAUUUGAUCGAGACAGACACUUAAAACGAAAAUGUUUCAUUAUUAAAACUAAACUGCCGUGGACCAGCUUUGUCUUCUCAAGAAGAAUAGAUCUACCCUACCUUUUAGCCAGGUAGCACUUUCUCCUCCGAAAUUUGCAAACUUAAACAAAACUUGAGGAAAAUGACUACAUUCUUGAUUUAUAUUCUUAUGUUGCCGUUUGGACAUGCAACGUUACCUCUUGUCAUUAACACGUGGCCCUUUCGAGAUGCUACGUCCGCAGCGUGGAGCGUCCUGCGAGCCGGAGGGUCGGUACUGGACGCGGUGGAGCAGGGCUGUAGCCGCUGCGAGGUGGACCAGUGUGACGGCAGUGUGGGCUUUGGGGGAAGUCCAGACGAGAACGGAGAGACCACCCUGGACGCCAUGAUCAUGAACGGGGACACGAUGGAGGUUGGGGCUGUAGCGGACCUGAGGAGAAUCAAGAACGCUAUUGGAGUAGCCAGAGCGGUGAUGCAACACACUGAACACACAUUCCUAGUCGGAGAGUCAGCUUCGGUUUUUGCUGAGCAUAUGGGCUUCACAGCAGAAGACCUGACCACCAACAAAUCUCUUAGUAUUUUCACACAGUGGCUGAAGGACAACUGCCAACCCAAUUAUCGGAAGAGUGUUCUUCCAGAUCCUUCGAAGAACUGUGGACCAUACAAGCCAAGAGCCAUGUCGAAGCAAAGACAGAGAGAACGCCAAAUUGACAUACAUGCUCAUGACACUAUUGGAAUGAUUGCGAUUGGUCAGGAUGGUCAUGUGGCAGCAGGAACAUCCACCAAUGGAGCAAACCACAAGAUCCCAGGUCGUGUUGGAGACUCGCCCGUAGCAGGAGCGGGCGCCUACGCCGACAGCACCGCAGGGGGCGCGGCCGCCACCGGAGAUGGAGACGUCAUGAUGCGCUUCCUUCCCAGUUUCCUUGCUGUGGAGCUGAUGAGGACUGGAGCAGCCCCGUCCUCAGCCUGCAAGACAACCAUCUCCAGGAUCAAGAGGUAUUACCCAGAAUUCUUUGGGGCCGUCAUCUGUGCCAACACAACUGGUCAUUAUGGUGCUGCUUGCAACAAGCUUCCUGGAUUCUCCAAAUUCUCCUUCAUGGUGUCUGACUCUCAAUCUAACGUACCAUUACUGAAAUCUGUGGACUGUUUUUGAUUCAUUUUUUUUUAUAUGUUGGGUUUUAUGCUACUUUCUACUAUCAAUUAUGUUAAUUGAAAGAAUCAUCAGACUUGAUCUUUUGACAGAUAUCCUGAAUGUUUUCUAUGUAGAGAUUUAGGAAAAAAAGUGAUUAAAAGUUGUGAUCAACAAUUAAACUGAA